UUCAACUAGGUACCUACUUGAAAUAGAUAAGAAACUGUCGGGCCGGGUGCACAAACACUCCUUAGUUCACAAAGAUAACAAUAACUUAUUGCCCAGAAACUGAACAUGAACAUAUUCUGACAUUCUGAGAUUAAUCCGUGCCCACGUAAAUGAAAAACAAACUGGCAAGUGGUUGAAUAGCCAUAAAAAUGCAGGAUGAAAACGAAAAUAAGUCUCUUCUAUUUUUAAAUAAUAGUAACAAAUACGGAGCAAUGCACAGUGACAGUAGCGGCACUCCUAAAAAAGUGAUAUUUUGUGUUCAUGGAAAACCAAGUGCUGGUUGCUGCAAAGUUUUACAAAGUGAAGUCAUCGACAUCAAAGAGGGAGAUUCGGUUGAUACACCGACCAAAGAAAAUCAGGAUGCCACCGAAAUGAUUAAUAAACAUUGCCAUCGAGGGAAAUCUCCGGAAAUUGAUCGCAAAGCUAGGCGAAAAUUAAUUGUAGCUAGUGUAUUAUGUGUACUUUUCAUGAUCGGAGAAGUUAUAGGUGGCUACCUGUCAAAUAGCUUGGCAAUAGCCUCUGAUGCCGCUCACCUUCUUACCGACUUUGCGAGUUUUAUGAUAUCUCUGUUUGCCUUAUGGAUGGCAACUAGGCCCUCCACCAAGACAAUGCACUUUGGGUGGUACCGCGCUGAAGUGAUAGGUGCUCUGACUUCCGUCCUACUAAUUUGGGUAGUUACUGGAAUACUGGUCUACAUUGCCGUACAAAGAGUCAUCCAUAAGUCCUUUGAUAUCGAUAGUAAAGUAAUGCUAAUCACCUCCGGUAUCGGCGUUAUUGUGAACUUAAUAAUGGGUUUAACACUCCACCAACAUGGGCAUUCCCAUGGAGGUGGUAGCACACAUUCCCACGAUAACAUCAACGUCAGAGCGGCUUUUAUUCACGUUAUCGGCGACUUUUUGCAAAGUUUUGGUGUUUUCGUGGCCGCUGCUGUGAUUUAUUUCAACGAACAAUGGGUCAUAAUUGACCCCAUCUGUACCUUCAUUUUUUCAGUAUUAGUGAUGUUUACCACGUUCAAUAUUAUCAAAGAUACGUUAACAGUGCUGAUGGAAGGAGCUCCCAAAGGAAUUGAUUUCAAUCAAGUCAUGAAAACGCUUCUAAAUAUAGAAGGAGUUAAAAGAGUUCAUAACUUGAGAAUAUGGGGCCUAAGUUUGGAUAAAAUUGCAAUGUCUGCUCAUGUUGCUAUUAGUCCUGAUGUGAAUCCACAAAAUGUUUUAAUGGUCGCUACUAAAAAUAUUCAUGAUAAAUACAACUUCUUUGAGAUGACACUGCAGAUCGAGGAGUUCCAAGAGGCCAUGGAAGACUGUAAAAUGUGCCGAAAUCCGGUAUAAACAUCAUCCUUCACUAAAUAUUUAUUAACAGUCAUUAUACUUAUUCUAUUACAAAAACCUAAACGAAUUUACACAUCCUA